UCCGCGCUUGGAUUCUGCCUGAUCCUGCAAGUCAGUGCCAAGAGACCCCCCAAAACGCCCCCCUGUCCACCCAGCUGCUCUUGCACCAGGGACACGGCCUUCUGCGUGGACUCUAAGGCAGUGCCCAGGAAUCUGCCAGCCGAGGUCAUCUCUCUGACGCUGGUGAACGCUGCCUUCUCGGAGAUCCAGGAUGGAGCAUUUUCCCACCUGCCGCUGCUGCAGUUCCUGUUACUCAAUUCCAACAAGUUUACGCUGAUCGGAGACAACGCCUUCACAGGACUGUCGCACCUGCAGUACCUCUUCAUUGAGAACAACGACAUCUGGGCAUUAUCUAAGUUUACUUUCCGAGGACUCAAGUCUUUAACACACCUCUCACUGGCCAACAAUAACCUGCAGACACUGCCUAGAGACAUCUUCCGGCCCCUGGACAUCCUGAGUGACUUGGACCUGCGAGGCAACUCGCUCAACUGCGAUUGCAAGGUGAAGUGGCUGGUGGAGUGGCUGGCACACACCAACACCACGGUGGCCCCCAUCUAUUGCGCCAGCCCGCCCCGCUUCCAAGAGCACAAAGUGCAGGAUUUGCCACUGCGGGAGUUCGACUGCAUCACCACAGAUUUCGUGCUGUACCAGACCCUGUCCUUCCCAGCGGUGUCAGCUGAGCCCUUCUUUUACUCCAGUGACCUCUACGUGGCUCUGGCCCAGCCAGGUGCCAGCGCUUGCACUGUCCUCAAGUGGGACUAUGUUGAACGGCAGCUUCGAGAUUAUGAUAGAAUCCCAGCCCCCUCGGCCGUGCACUGCAAACCCAUGGUGGUGGACAGCCAGCUGUACGUGGUGGUGGCCCAGCUGUUUGGUGGUUCUUACAUUUACCACUGGGACCCCAACACCACGCGCUUCACCAAGCUGCAGGACAUCGACCCACAGCGUGUGCGCAAGCCCAACGACCUGGAGGCCUUUCGCAUCGAUGGUGACUGGUACUUUGCCGUGGCUGACAGCUCCAAGGCGGGUGCCACCAGCCUCUACCGCUGGCACCAGAAUGGCUUCUACUCCCACCAGGCCCUGCACCCCUGGCACCGUGAUACCGACCUGGAGUUUGUGGAUGGCGAGGGCAAGCCCCGGCUGAUCGUGUCCAGUAGCUCCCAGGCGCCGGUCAUCUAUCAGUGGAGUCGCACCCAGAAGCAGUUUGUGGCCCAGGGUGAGGUGACGCAGGUGCCUGAUGCCCAGGCUGUGAAACACUUUCGUGCGGGGCGGGACAGCUACCUGUGCCUCAGCCGCUACAUCGGGGACUCCAAGAUCCUGCGCUGGGAGGGCACCCGCUUCUCGGAGGUGCAGGCCCUGCCCUCCCGCGGCUCCAUGGCCCUGCAGCCCUUCCUUGUGGGUGGCCGCCGCUACCUGGCGCUGGGCAGCGACUUCUCCUUCACCCAGAUUUACCAGUGGGAUGAGGGGCGGCAGAAGUUCAUACGGUUCCAGGAGCUGGCUGUGCAAGCCCCUCGAGCCUUCUGCUACAUGCUUGCUGGGGACGCCCAGCUGCUCCUGGCCCCCAGCUUCAAGGGACAGACGCUUGUGUACCGACACGUAGUGGUGGAUCUUAGUGCCUAGCGGGGUGCCGAGGCCUCUGGAUUGGAGGCUGAGGGGGGGCCUCUGUGUGAGCAGCGUGGGUGCCUGUCUGUGUGAAGGCACAUGUAGCUAACCUCAUGCACACACACUCCUGGUGAGCAUGGGCACCACAUGGACUGGCCCCGGGAGCUGAUCCUCAUCGUAAUUAGCAUGAGGACUUGUGUAUACACCUGGCAAGCCAGUUACUGGGACCCUCCCAUCUGUGGGCGCCUGUGGAUCCCACACCCCAUCUGCAGGCCCCCCCUGGAUCUGCUGCCUUCCACAAGCUCUGGCCUGGGGAGAGGGAGGGGUGCUGGGAGGGAGGGUCUUGGGCUGAUCCUUCUGACCCUCUGGUCUCUCCUGUUGGUGCUCCAGGGGUCUGUUCAACCUGCUCAUGCCCCACAUUGCACCACACAACG